AUGGACAAGUUUGCUUUCACCCAAUUGCAGCCAACUCUGUUGCAAGACAAUAACAAGGAGUCCGGUCGGACCGUUCAGGCUUGCAUUGCAACGUAUUUGACCAAUCUCCAUACCCAUUUGGAGUCCGAGGACUUGGACAAUCCAAGUUUGACGUUUGCGAGCGAACAGCUGGAUCUGUUGAUCGAUCAUUUCACAACCACAUUUAAUGAUGUUCCCGAAGUUUAUCAUCUAUCUACAUGGGUUAACACGCUUUUGGCGAAGACGUACACAUUGGUAUUGUCACAGAUGCUAAAAAAUGCACACGACAGGUUCAACAUCAAACUGAUUGAUGUCACUAAUAAAAUGGUUAAUAUAUUAGUAGACUUCAAAAAACUGUCAAUCAAGUCAACGUGGUACUCUUCGCUGAAACACAUGGCAUUGGCUUUUGUACAGUUAACUUUUGCGCAAUUUGGCGGAUUCCUCAAUUCAUACAAAAACCUGCUGCUGACCACCAUUUACAAAUACCUCACCAAAUGUCAUGACAACUACAAUACUGCAAUCGAUUCCGGGGUUUUCAAGGCAAACUAUUUUACAGAUAUGGUGCUGGCCUUGGAUGUUAUCCUGAGUAAUGACAACAGCUCUAAUACCUUGGACGAUAAGCUAUUGGGAAGACUCUUGAAGCUUACCAAAUACCUUACACAGAAAAACUCAUCUCACACAUACAUUUACCCACUCCUUAGUGUAUCGUAUGCAUAUAACACCUUGGUCCACUUGUUGAAAUCGGACAGAUAUGUACUCUCGAUCAUAAGCAGAAAAAGCACUCCUUCCGUCACCAGUUACCUCACGUCCAUUACGCCCUAUUUGAACGAUUUAACAGCCGCCCUGUCCACUCAAGAACCCAAGCUUCGGGUUGUGAUAUCCAAAAACAUAGCUGAUCUGCUUGUCUUCAAUGUUAUUGUUUUCGGUGUAAACCUCGGUGAGGAGGAAAAGUGUUUCGAGUACACUUUAAGUUACUUGAUGGCCAAUUAUACAAAAGAGUCGCACACCCAAGAGAUCCGCACUGGCCUUGUUGAAGCCAUAGUUCAGUUGAUGUCGAAAAUGAAUCUGUACUACACCACGAAUAGCGUUCGCAUUGGCUACAAAAAUGGCAUCAAUUACAUGAUUCUCAAAUUCCUCGAGACGUUGAACAUUAUUUAUUAUCACAUAUUCGGCAAAGGCAUGUCCGUAAAUCAGCUGAAACCCUCGAAAGACGACAGAUUUUUCAAAGUCACUGAUAAUUUCGAUAAUCCAAUAGAGAUCCUUAAUCAAAUUGACACUCUUUACUCCUUUUUCCUAAGAGAGGUGGACUCGGACAUUAAUAGACUCAUCAUUCUUUCGAAAAUCGUGUACGGAAGUACAUCCGAAAGCAAUGUGGUGAAGUUUCCUUCCCUGAUCGAAGCAGUUCCUGCCCCAGAUCACGAUGUCGACAAUCAAUAUUACGUGCUGUCCCUACUCAAACUAUCUCAGUUGCUUAUUGAUCAGCUUGACGAAUAUGUUCUUUCUCAGCAAGAUGGUAUUUCGGACUCUCAUGACUCAUUCGCAUCACAGCUAUGCAGUACGUUGUUUGAGCUUUGCAAACAUAAAAACUUCAAGAUUAGGGUUGUUGCGGUGGACUCAAUCACAAGGCUUAUUUCUAUCAAACCCGAACUUUCCUUCAAUAUUCUGAACGAAUCACUAUCCACUCUGUUGGCAUCUUUUGACGAGGGUAAAGGGGACAUGAACUUCUUAUUCAACGAGAACCACGGCCUUGCAUUCCUGAUCGCCUCGAUUCUUUCUACGUGCCCGAAGGAGCACAUUAAUGCGGACUUCGUUCUUCAAGUAUUUUCCAUGUCAACCAAUUUUCUUAAAAAGUUCAACUCAACCGUCAUUAUGGGUAACCUUUUUGGAUCGGGUUCAGGAAACUAUGUCUCAAACGUCAACUACGAGAAACAGCUUGUCAGUUGGAUCAUCCUUAUGGGCCUUUUCAAUUACGCUACUGAGAACGAUGGCAGCUCGGGAAGUAAUUUCUUCCUUCUAGAAUGCUCGCAAUUUAUUACAAUCUGGAAAAACCUUCUCACCCAUUCCAUGCCUUCUGACUUUGUUCAGACAUCAACCGUUGAUGGAUUCACCAAGAUUACGAAUUUGAACGAGAUAAUGAAGCUGGUGGAAAUCAAAAAUCAAUCAUUGGUGUGUCUUUUGAGCUAUACUAACUAUUUGUCGUCAACUAGGUCCUCCAUUGAAAGCUCAUCGAAAUCAAGCUUGCUGACGCCCGAGAUUGCCUUAUCACUCAACCAGAUCGUUAACAAAAGUUUUGUGUUUAUCUCAAACCUGAAGAUGCAGGUUUCAAACCUGUCUGUACCACCAAUGCUUGAGAGAACCAUUAAGCUCCAUAAGCUUCGUGUUUAUCAAAACCACAUAAAACUACAACCCUUCCUGCCCAAAUCUGACUCUAACUCCAGCCUUUUGUUGGAUGUGGUGGAGAAUAUCUGCAAAUCAGGUAUCAAGACCAAAAAACUCAAUACGUUCAAGGUUGACGAGCUAUUGGUCAAGUCGACCACUCUGCGUAAACAGAAACCAUCAGAUGAGAUUAAAACCAUCGACGAGCUACCAAUCCAAAGUCUGUACACAGUUGAGUCAAACAGAAUCAAAAGUCAUUUGGCACCGCUGACCGUGUUUGAUUCAGAUGGUAUUGACCAAUCGUCAUUCCUGAACGAUUAUCUGAUGUAUCUAUAUCAGGGCUCAACAUGUUUUGGAUACACCGACUUCUCGUUGUCGCCACCUGACCUCGACACGAUGCUCGUGGAUAUUUCUGUGGAGAUUUUAGCUCUUUCGUUUGGUUUUCUAUCUAGCAAGGUGCAAAUUUCGAUCUUGGAGAACAUACAAGAAAUUCUGUUCCCGAAUUCGGGACAUGCUUCCAACAUCACUGUGCAAAAUGUCUGUGUCUCUAUCCAUAGCGUCGUCAGCUAUAUGCAUAACCACAAUGAAACUUUCAAGCAAUCAGCUUCUCAUCCCAAGAUGGAGUUUUCCAAUUCAGUAAGCGUGUUGCUGAUCGAUCUCUUGAAAAGAAUUUACGCUGAAUAUUCCGAAUUUGAUGGACUCGCAGAACUUAACUCGGACGCGAUAGGUCUUAUUUGUUCGUUGACAGCAUCAAAGGAGGGUAUGUUGGCAGAACAGAUCGCUAUUUUCAUCAAAUCAAUUGUGAAAAAUGCAGAACCCAACUCACGCUCGUUCGACUCGCUCACGUUGUCCAAAAUCUCUGAAUACUCCAAUCUUAUGAAUAUCACUAAUAUCUUCAGCGUUCUUUUGACCUUGGUAUUGGAUCCUCACCCGCUGGUUCAUGCAUCUGCAUUAGAUUCACUCACAACUGUUAUUUCCAGCCAGCGACAAGUUGAGCUUAUUGGGCCUUUGCUGACAAAUUUACUUGCGGCAAUGGAGAAUGUACUGAACUCUGAUGAAUUUGGAUUUAAUUCGCCUAUCACUGUGUCCUCGAACUUGAAUUACCGUGCAGGGCAAAACUCUGUUGUCCUGUUGGCCAGAUUAGCUCGCGUGAUAAUCAAUAGCUCAGGCCCUACCAUUGGACUCUGGGAGAUCUCACAAAAGCAAAAACUUAAGAAUAUACUCUUUGGACUGAUCAGUCUCGAGAAGAAGGAAGUUGAAGGAAUAUCGAGAGAGCUGCUCAAGGCUUUGGAGGAACUGUUGAUUUUCGAUAAUUCACUGAUUUCGAUGGAAACCUACAUCAAAUUUGUGAAAUUUUCAAUCAUCAACAACAUCAAAGUGGGCGUCUCCAAUGGACAUUACAUUGCUAGCGAGGAGUCGACGGAGAUAUACCCUGUCACAACCAGUGAUAUCAACUGGAGGCUCGCACUAGAGUCAUAUAACCAGCUGUUGAAGCUAGGGAAUAGCAUUGAUUCCGAGAUGGAGCAAUUCUUGUGGAUCUCUUUGGAGUAUGCUGAUAGCUCCACAGUCAAAGAAGUGUUUAGCAACCUUUUGGAGUUUUCCUCGGCUGCAGAGAAGGUGCAGUGGUUUGAAAAACUUGUGAAGCUAUUCAACGUGAGCAAACAUGUGCUCUAUGAGCCGUUACUCUCCAAAUACAGAAAGAGAAUCAACCAUUCGGGUGCUCUUUUCAAUCCUAUGAGAUUUAAAAAGCCUGUUUCUGUCAAGCCAAAGCCCAAGUCAAAAUCAAGCACCCCUGUACCUGCUCCCACCCUAAAACCUGAGCAUUCAGACUUAGAGAUGGAUGAAGAAGGUGAAACUUUUGCUCAUUCUGAAGAAGAUGAGUCGUCUAUCAAGCGCGAAGACACUAGAGACUCCUCAAGAAAGGAGGCUAGGCCGCCCCAUGCGCAUGCCGCGAUGGUCCAGUCGAUGGUGCUAGAAAAUGAGACAACAAAAUGGAAAUUCAAAAAAUAUAUCCUUCAACUGCUCACUGUUGUUGUUUCAAGUGCAAGAGAAGACUCUAGACUGCAAAAAUAUAUCUCCACCAAGAUAUCUGAGCUUGUUGAGAUUGCUUUUAUUUGCUCAACCUCGAGUCUGAUUCAACUUCGAAUCUCCUCCUUGGAACUCAUAGGGCAUAUCAUUGACAUUUAUGGCAACAUGAGUGACCCACUGUACCCAGAAGUCUCUUUGCUUGGACAACAGUCCGCCCAAAUCACGACGGCAAUUGUUCCAGCGUUCAGCAAAGAUUCUAACAUCGGACUCGCAUGUACUGCUGUCGUUUUGGCUUCGAAACUGCUAAGCAGUAACAUUGGCCAAGUGAGUCGUAUGCACCGUAUCGUCAACGUUUUGACCACAUCUUUAGAAGAGUUUGCGCACGCAAAGGGCUCCGGCAACGAGAUUUCCAAUGGAGUGCCUAAAAAUUUGAAGAUUGGUGAGGUCUCUGUUCUCACUGCCAAGUCUCAAAACAAGCUGUUGGUGUACAUUCUGCAAGCCUGGUCAAGAAUCAAGGUGAAUACUGCGGGUCAUUCAGAUACAAGCCAGUUGGUGGACAAGUACAUAAACAUUCUUACACCUCUCUGGUUAUAUUCGCUGCGCGAUUUCGCGAUGAUGAAGUACGGCAGCCAGUUUUUGAUCACCAAUUCCGACGAUGUGGACAUCAAUACAUAUGAACAGUGCUGGGUGGACUUUGUUGAGGUUAUUGGUGUGAUUGCAAACGAAAAUUCUGCGCAUCUGAAUGAGCUUUUGCGUGAUGACGGAUCCAACUUUUUCUUGGUUCUUUUUGGUCAAUGCAUUGAUCACUUGAUCAAGGUCUCAUCCAAGACCAAACAGGCUGUAACAGCAUACGAUUUUCGUGUUUUAGACGCUUUGGCAGGAAUAUUGAAACUCAAAUCGGGAUUACAACUGGUUUUUGAUGAUUCUAUUUUCGUCGAAUUCAUUGAUCUGCUAGAUAGGCUCGUUUUGAUUUCUGAUCCCUCGUUCAAGUUGAAACUACUGGAGUUGGCCUCUGGGGUCUUUGAGUCUUAUUUCAAGACUUCUUCGAACUCCAAGAGUCCGGAAGAGCUUCACAGCGAUGUGGACAAACUUUUUGAGCUACUCAGGAUUAACAUGUUGGCUAUUAUUCAAAUCCUUCCUUUUAUCAGAGAUCGGGAGUUAGGAAGAACCCCGCUUAAAGCAAUUGAGAGUCACGAUCUAAUUCUUUUGAAGAAGGCAUUUGACCUGUCGUUGAAUAUGAUUGCAUAUCUUCCUGAAGUGAUUCAGCUGGAUUUGCACACUUGUUUCCUUUUCGCAUUCACCCUGGUUUACGAGCUUAAUAAUUCAGAUAUCAUCGCAAUUCUGCUUCCAACGCUCAAGAGGAUUAUUUCCAGUCUCGCACAUAUUGAUCCUAGAAAUUCCGCAACGUCUCGCUUUUUCCAUUCAAUCAGGAAACAUUUGAACGUUAGCAACAAAAACUCGAUUCUCACGGUUUUCAUCGUGAUCACUACGACCGAUGAAUUGCACCUAACGGAGGAAGAAGCAGGAAAGGUCUCGGAAUUUAUCAUUAAUGGCUUGCUUUCCGAAGAAACCAGCUUGAAUACAAUCUCUAUACAAGCGAUCAAAACGCUGAUUAAAAAUAAUGAGAAGACCGGUCUCAUCCUGGAAAAACUAAUUCCUCAGCUCGUGGAUCAGGUGUACCAGUCGAAGCUGAAAGAGCCAAGGCUCAUUCUCGAGAUAUUAAUUGUGCUGACUAGGUCUGUCUCGUCGGACAAAAUCGAGGGAUGCCUCAAGAUAUGCGUUCCGAUCAUUCUCUGGUUCGAUGAAUUCACUUCACGGAAGUACGAGAACUAUUUGCACCACAAACUUCUUGAUCUCAUUCAACAUUCACCAGCACAUUUUAAGUCAUUUGUGGAUUCGUGUUCCGAAGACCAAAAACAGAACCUUGAAAGACUGGUGAAACUAGCAACCGCUCCAGAGACUGAGACAGAAACGGUAUUAGAGGAGUUUUCACACAUUAAGUUGAAAACCUUUGGUUAA